UCCAACCCCUCAACACUGUUAAACCCUGCCCAACACUAGCAUGACCUACAGCACACACAAUGUACCUUCACAAACAUGUGUUGUGUUAGUUUAGGUGCCAUGGUGGUUUAACAUACAUAAUAUCUCUAUCUACCAUGGAUUUGCACUGCAGGUGGCGGAUACUCCUCAGCAUUUGGAUACAAGUGGGCUUUGUGCCUGGGCUACAUUGUAAAACUGUCAAUCAUCUGUCAAGGGAAGAUGUGUUGCUCUUAAAGGAUGAGAAGGAUCCUAAAUGUUUCGCCCGGACUGAGCAGGAUUUCACCUGCUUCUUUGAGACUGCAGACAACAGGACAUACGAUUUACUCUACACUGUUUACAGAGAGAAAAGGUGUGAAAUGUCUGUCCAAAAAAUAGAAGCGGCAACUUUCCUGCACAUCUGCUCAUUUCCUGAAUCGGAUGUGUUGUCAUAUGUGGAAACACACCUUGAAGUGGUGGAGCGCGACACCAACACCAGGCUCUACAGAAGAACUGUCUCCGUGGAGGACAACUUCCUCCUGGAUCCCCCCUUCAAUGUGUCUUUACACCAAAAUGGCCAAGCAGGACAGCUGCAGGUUUCAUGGCGGACAAAGGUCUCAGAAUACUUGAAAGAUGACGUGAUGUACAGGAUUCGAUACUCUUCCAAGGGGCUGGGAGUGAAGAUUAAGGAGGCAAAGGAGGGUGAAACACUGGACUCUCUGGUUCCAGGGGAGGAGCUUGAUGUCCAAGUUGCUGUAAAAUAUGCUUUAAACCCAAAUGCAGGACACUGGAGCAGCUGGUCCAACCUGGCGCGAGCUGUGGUCCCCCAAAGUGCAGAUGAUAUUUCACUAAUGUGCUACACAUCUGACCUGCAAAAUAUCACCUGCCAAUGGAAUGGGAGCAGAUACGGUAAAGAGAAGGAUUACAAGCUUUUCUACAAGAUGGAUAUCAGUAAAGAUCUGAUCUGGACCGAGUGUCUCGCAGAAGGGGGCUUGACUGAAAUGUGCUGUUUCCAUGGAGAAGAGUCCAGAGCAGUCAGGGUGAAGCUCUGCAGCUCUUCAGCUCGACUCAACAGGACCUUCUUUCCUCCAGAGUUCACCCUCACAAACAGCAUCAAAUCAUCCCCACCAUGUCAUCUGAGAGGAGCAUCAGAGAAGGACAAGUUGUUCCUAAAAUGGGAAACUCCUCUUCAGGCUCUGUCGGCCCACCUGCAGUAUGAAGUGGGCUACCAGAUGGGAGGGAGUGAAGCAUGGAUGACGGUGUUCGUAAAUGGUCCUGAGACCGGUGCAUGUCUGGAAGUCCCGCCAGGAAGUCAGUACAGUGUUAAGAUCAGAGCUAAACCUAAUGGGUUUAUUUACUCAGGCCACUGGAGUGACUGGUCAGAUGUGCUGACUGGUGAAACCCCUGCUGACGCAGGCAAACUGCUCAUUCUGUCCAUCCCUGUCGCCCUGCUGAUAAUGGCCAUCAUUGUCAUCUCCUUGUUUCCCACGUACCUCCGUAAGCUCAAGCUGUAUUUUUGGCCACCAGUGCCCAACCUUGAUAAAGUCCUCCAAGGUUUUCUGACAGACCUCGACGAACAGAGAUGGAAUCCACCAAUAACAGCAAAGCAAUGCUCUGAGGAAACCACGUCUUCUGUGCUGGAGAUCAUUUCUGAAGAUGAGGGUUCAGUAAUGGGGAAGCCCUCAGAGGGAUGCACCCCGCUCCUGUCAGAGAGACACCUCUGCAGUGGAGGACAGAUUGAAGGGACCGGAGUCUUCUCAGAUUAUGUGACUCUGAACAAAGAUAGUAUCAUUCUUUGCCCAAAAGGAAACAAGUAUGUCUACGAGGAGGUUGGACCGAAAGACAGUCCAGGGGUGAGUGAUGAGCUCCUCUCAGUCAGUCUGACCGCCUGCUCAGGCAGUGACUUACUGAACCGUUCCUACCUUCCUCUGUCUGCAGACACACCCGACUGCAAGCUCACUGAUGCAAGGGGGCCAGGCAACCUCUAUACUAAUAUCCCCUGUAGCUAAAUGUACAAUUAAGGUUCUUUGUAUCCACUUGUGUAGGUUAGAUUUAAACCUUCGUAUUGACAUAAAAGCAUAGCACUUAUGGCUUCAAACUAGACCGUUUUACCAUAUAUUCAACAUUUCUAUAAUUGUUGUAGAUAGUUAAGCAUACCAUAUUGUUUUUAUAUUUGUAAUUCUACAUAAUACUGCUGUGUCUUUAUAUCCACUAGAGAGAACAGUAGAUCCAGGAUACACUCAGUGACUGUAUUGUUUGGUACUGUAUCUGUUAACAUAAUUACCAUGUUUUACUGUUCUGGGGUUAGACUAUCAAAAAAAGUAUGAGGGAUUGGGAAUAUAACAUGAUGUGAAUGUUUUGAGUUUGAAUUUUAUGUUUAAACAUUCAUAGGAAAAUAUGAAAUAUGUAAAAAUACUUUCUUUUUUGUGAAUGUACUUUUUUUUUAAAUAAAUUAUCUGCAU